AUUUCUAACAAACGAAAUUGCGACAAAAGUACAAAUAGGGGUGGCUAAAUUAGUGCAUUCUUUAAUUGCUCCCACGUUUAUUUUAAUAUUGCAAAACAAACAUUUUUGUAAUUUUGUUUGAUUAAUAGGGUAAUUUGGUAACUAAUUUUUUUUACUUUAAAGCUACAAUUGCAAUUGCGUUGGGUAUUAGUUAGGCCGAGAUUAGAUUAGGAUUAGGGUGGUUUGUCUAUCUCUUAUCUGUCUAAUCCAUCUAUUCGGUUGCGACAAUACUAAAUCUGUAAUUCUAUUUUUAUAUGUAUAAUUGGUGAAAAAGUUGUCUGUGUUUCUACCAAUUCUUGCAUCGGUGGCGCCGUCGUAACUGGAAUCGUCUCAUUUCUGACUCCGUAGCCGUCGUUGCGGCUAAUUGGGCUGAGUGCUGUAAUUUUUAAGCAACGUCUUAGUCGUGAGGGAUCUGAAAGCCGAGCUAUUUAGCCGCUGCGUGUUAAUUGCUGUGUUUUUUCUAGCAAAUAUUUGCUGGAUUUGCAUUGGUUUCACCUCGCAAUUCUCCCUUUCUCUCAGAUAAAAGGGUGUAUACUCGCAACGACUGCCAAUUAUGGGGAAUUGCUUUGCUAAGCGCCAUAAUGAUGGGGAUGAUUCUGAUCACAAUGUUGAAUUUACUGGUGGAAAUGUGCAUCUCAUCACAACCAAGGAAAGUUGGGAACAAAAGAUCGACGAAGCGAAAAGAGAUGGAAAGCUUGUGGUAGCCAAUUUUAGCGCCACAUGGUGUGGCCCUUGUAGAGUAAUCGCACCUUUCUACGUGGAGCUGUCUGAGAAACACCCUUCGAUAAUGUGUCUCACAGUCGAUGUAGAUGAACUUACUGAAUUUAGCACAUCAUGGGAUAUCAAGGCAACUCCAACCUUCUUCUUCCUUAAAGACGGUCAACAAAUCGACAAACUUGUCGGUGCAAACAAGCCGGAACUAGAGAAGAAGUUGAUCGCCAUACUAGACUCGAUGGCACCGCCAUGGCAAACAUAGUUUCUUGGGCCAUUAGCUCAAGGAAUUGGUAGAUCUUCCCUUUUCUUUGUGACUAUCCAUGUACGUAUAAAUUGUAAAUCCAAAUUUGGUAGUACCAUUUUGUGCAUGUCAUGCUUGAAUGAUGUAUUAUGCGUGAGAAAUUCAAGAAUUUGGUUAUUCUAAGAGUGUAUUUCGUCA